AUGGUCCUGACCAAUAGCGGGAGCGUAGCGAGGGAUCAUCUUGCGGGUGAAAGGACGUUCUUGGCAUACGUACGAACCAGCAUAGCCAUUACGAGCAUGGGAGUUGCAUUAGUGCAGCUCUUCAAGCUCUCUACGGAGCCCUCGACUGCCGCACACAGGUAUGCCAGGCCAUUAGGGGCCGUCAUAGUCGUCGUGGGCCUGAUGACCCUCUUGAUUGGCAUUGUCCGCUAUUUCUCCACUCAACGCACUCUUCUCGAGGGCAAGUUUCCAGCGGCGCGCUACACCAUCACCUUCAUAUCGCUCACCCUCGGUGCUGUCACAUGUGUCGUCUUUGGCAUUCUCGUCGGCGUCGCGUCAGCUACAUGA